CCUGUAUCCGUGACUGCAGAAAGUUAAAUAUUUGCAGAAGUUUCCUUGGCUAAUUACACGGCUAAUUAACGACCUGACUGCAGAGACUGUGGGAUGCUGAGGUAGCCCUAGGUGAUUAUCACAUCGGUGAUAGUGUCUUACCGGUUUGCAAUACAGACGGGAGAGACUGUUCUGGGUCACAGAGAUUUCGAUCUGACUACAGCUGGAAUUGGACCCCUCAAAAAGCUGGCAGUGGAAUUAUGAGGACGGUCUACAUGUCUGUUCGCAGUUAGGCACUACCUAGUUGCACUGGCUCAGUUCUGUUCCUUUGCCUGUAAAUAUCAUCUAAAUGAGUGUCUUGAUGUAGUGACAGCAUAUGUUAUAAUUCGUAUGUAGCUCUCAGAUGUGGCACUUGUUAGGUUGGUUGCACAUGAGAAAAGAUGACUUUUUCAGAUAUAUAACUUGAGCUUUGGGGAUACUUGUAACAUGUCUGCUCUGAGUGCAGUUCAGAUAAAGGAGGCCAAUGCCCACCUGGCAGCUCUACACCACAGGGUGGCAGAACUGGAGGGCACUGUGAGGGAACAAGCAGAGAGUCUAAUCCGCAAAGACGAGCAGUACCGGGCUGCCAUGAGGGAGAUCGCGGAUGCCAAGGACAGUGAAAUUUCUGAACUCCGUCAGAGGCUGGUACAGUCUGAAGAGGCAAUGCAGAGAUUGGUGGCCACUAUCAAGGAAAAGGACAGAGAGCUGGAACGGCUGAGACACCACGGUCAUCUUUUGGCCCAAAUGUGUCGUAGUCGUCCUCUCUUGGAUUCCUUGGUUUCCCUCAUGGUAGAAGCAGAGGGUGUACCAUGCCUGCCAGCAGAGGAUGAUCGAAACGGUCUCUCGAACGUUCCAGACUACCUACAAAGCGAAGAUGACCUUGAUGACUCGGAUGUAGACAGAACACUAUUUGGGACAACAGUCUAAUGUUUUGGCGCUUAUUUUUUCUUCUGGAGAAGAGGGACAGACAGUGCCCACCUUUAGCACUCAAAGAGGUGAUCCUAGAAUGGCAAAUGGGAUGCAAAAAAGGGCGCACCUGUAGUGUG